UUUAACGAAGAUAACCUUACACUCAAAUUUCUUUGACAUGUAUGACCUACAUAAUUAUAAUAACCUUAGGGUUUGAUAUUUGGUGUUAUUAUUGUUAAUAAAUACUUGAUUAUAAAAAUAAGAAAGAGUGUCAGAUAAGCAGUGUUAAACGAAUAUAUGCAGGUAGUAAUUUAACAGAUUCCAGGGUGGUGUUUGAAGUAAUGAAAUUUUUAUUAUGCAAAUUAAUAGGAUUUCUGCUAACAUACACUAAAAUGAAAAUAUUUAUGAUUUACUACUUUUAAUGCAGUAUCACUUACAUAAGUGUAUUGUCUUUGAAUCGUUUAAGAGCCGUAACAUUGAAGUUGCUUCUAAUACUAACCUUACAAUAAAAUAGGUCAAAUACAAGAGCCUAAAAAAUAUGGCAAGUUUUGCAGCUCAGGCUGCUAUACGAUCGAAGUGGAGUUCUCUUAUAGAAGAUGGUAUUGAAGUCCCAUCUGAAGUUACCAAUAAAGUCACCAGUGUAGUUGGAUGGCUUAAGCAGGCUUCGUUAGAAGUAAAAGCUGCUGGUCGUAGAGCUGUAAGCACAAUAUCUGCUGGAAUGAUAUCACAAAAUUUAGUAAUAUUGCAUUUCAAUGAUGUAUAUAAUGUUGAAUCGAGACCCAAUAUAGAGCCGGUGGGAGGUGCUGCACGCUUUUAUACAGCAUUCAACAGUUUUCAAAACUUAAAUCCUCUAAAAUUGUUUAGUGGUGAUUGUUUUUCUCCUAGUAUUUUAAGUACUUUUACAAAAGGGGAACAAAUGGUAACAGUAUUAAAUGAUCUCGGUGUGCAUUGCUCAGUUUUCGGAAAUCACGAAUUUGAUCAUGGUCUCGAAAUUUUGACUCAGUGGGUUAAUAAGUCCAAUUUUCCUUGGCUCAUGUCGAAUGUAAUAGAUAACGAAACUGGAAGGCCUCUAGGUGAUGGGCGAAUCACUCAUGCUGUUGAUUGGGCCGGAAAAAAAAUUGGACUUAUUGGUCUUGUAGAAAUCGAGUGGCUCGACACAUUACCUACAAUUAAUCCCGAAGAAGUCACUUAUUUAGAUUUUAUAGAAGCUGGACAAAAGUUGUCAGUUCAACUUAAACAGGAGGGUUGUGAUUAUGUAAUAGCGUUGACUCAUAUGCGUAUGCCUAAUGAUAUAAAAUUAGCUGAAAAUUGUGAUUCAAUCGAUCUAAUUUUGGGAGGCCACGACCACAUUUACGAAGUUAUGAAAGUAAAUGGGCGGUACAUAAUUAAGAGUGGAACAGAUUUUCAACAGUUCAGUAAAAUUACCAUCAACUUCAACCCUAAUGGCGAUAACGAUGUAACAGUUGAAGAAAUUAACGUAACGUCAUCGUACGCAGAAGAUGCUCAGUUAAAACAAAAGCUCGAAAAAUUUACAAGUAUUAUAGAAGGAAAAAUGAAUGAUGUCUUGGGGUGUUUCACAGUACCUUUAGACGGCCGAUUUACUACUAUCAGAACAUCGGAAUCUAAUCUUGGAAAUUGGAUUUGCGAUGUGUUAUUGGCAGCAACAGGGGCGGAUCUGGUUAUAGUUAAUUCCGGGACAUUUAGAUCUGAUCAGGUUCAUCCUGCUGGCAGUUUGACUCUCAGAGACUUGUUCACAAUUAUUCCAAUGGAAGAUCCAACAGUUGUUUUAAAAGUGACAGGCAAACAAAUUCUGGAAGUACUGGAAAACAGCGUGAGUCAAUAUCCUAAGUUAGAAGGUAGAUUUCCCCAAGUGGCUGGAAUAAGUUUUGCAUUUGAUCCUCGUAAACUGCCCGGCCAAAGGGUGGAUCCAAAUUUAGUUCGUAUUGGUGAUGAAUAUUUGAAAAUGGAACAGUUUUACAGACUCUGUACCAAAAGUUAUAUGCAUCAAGGAAAUGAUGGAUUUACUAUGCUUAAAGAUGUUCCAGUAAUGGUAAUGGAAGGUGAAUCUCCAGCUAUCGCGCUGGCAGUUCAGAAUCACUUCCAAGCAAUUAAUAUGCGCCUUGGCAAAACAAAAAGACAUUCGAAACAUCGACAAUCUCUUGUAACAUUGUCUAGAAGACAUAGUUUAGUUAAGAUGCUAGAAGGUAGUGAGUUAGACGGACCACCUCCUUUACGAAGAUCAAAUUCGAUCGAAACAUCAAUGUCCCCUCAAAUAACACGACUUGUACGUAAAGCCUCAUUGGACGAUUUGGAAGACGAAUCGUGUCAACUCGCCCCCAAAGUCGAAAAUCGCAUUAUUAUUAUCGACAGUGAUGAGAAAAGAUACGAACUGUUACGUCAAAAACAACGUAUUGAAGAGGAUUCUGUAAUCCAGGAAGUCGAAGACGAACAUUCACCAGAAAAGUAAAGCAACUGUAUAUUAAUCAAAUAAUUACUAAAGCUUUCUAACAAUUUUUAAUGAUCGAAUAGUUAUUCUGCGGCCUUUGUUCGGUUCCUCUACAAACAAAAAGACAAAUCUAGUAAUUAAAAUGCACCAAAAACAACGAUUUAGCCAUCCGUUUGUAAUUCACAAAACAAUCACUAUACAUAAUGUCUUUAAAAAAAAUGCAUAAUUUGCUUUCAAAAAAAUAAUUUAUAUCGUUAAGUGUUUAAAUGUGUGGUUCGAAAUGCUCAAAGUUUUUAUUUUUGUUUUUUUAACUUGGCAAAUAAUAAAUAAAUUUAUCAUUAAAAUAAAGGGCAAUAAACAGAUUGUAAAUGAAUAAGAAAUCAAUUGGUUACCAUUUAAAGCUUUACUCUAAUUACUCAAUAAAUAUGCUUACCUAAAAUUAGUUUAAAUUUCUUGUUGCCAUAACUUAUUGCUUAUGCUGUGUCGAUUGAUGGGACGUUUAGAAAAUUAUGUACCAUUUUUUAUAAAAUAUUCUGAACAACAUUGUUCUUUUACAUGUGGUUACCAUGGCUAACUAUUUAUUUUUUAUAUCUCAGGUGCCUCUUUCUCUUUUACAAUUGUAAAUUCUUAGUUUUUGUUGUUAUAGCAUGAUUUAGUGCGAUUUUCUAAAGAGGUUGUUUAUUGAAGACUGACAUUAGAUAAAGUAAAAAUUCAGUAUGUCUUCUUUAUACGUAAUAUGGCCUAAUUAAAAAUAA